AUGUCGCUCCGUCAACCCCCUGUUGAACUCAGGGGACACUGCUCCGUCGUCCAUGACGGCGUUCUUUAUGUAUUUACGCCCGAUGCCUUUAUGUCGCUCCCACUGGAGCGUGGUGGGGAAUGGUCGAGGCUUCGUAUGGAAGUGCCUGUCUCAGACGCAGCCUGCACGCUGGGAGGUGUGGAUGGUAACCCGAAUGACCCAGGUAUUUACGUGAUUGGAGGGAAAUCCGAUUCGCCUGACUACAGCGGCAUUCAGCUCUAUUCGCUGAGGACAAAAAGAUGGAAGUCAUUGGAUCUUCAGGGUAACACGGACAUCAAAAAUCGCAUCCAUCAUGGCGUUAGCUACCUGACCGCUUCCUCUUCACUCUUAGUCUUUGCUGGCAGCCAAAAUGGACACAUCAACCCGUCUACGCAAACAUUCCUUAUUCCUGCUGCUCCCCCACACGUAGUUGCGUCAUUUAACGCACCAGUUGACCCAGCAGUGGAUCCGUUACUGUUACCCUGGAGCGAAGACUCUGCAUUUAUGGUUGGAGGUGGCCCUUCUAAUACCAGAACAUAUACUUUCAACAAAGCCGAAGGAUGGCGAGACACCGGAGUUCCUAUAACUCAACCUUUGCCAGAGAAGUCCAAAGUUCAAUGCGCGAUGCUACUUGGUGCAGACGGUAGCCGAGUCCUCGAAGUUUUUGACGUGAGUGGUGUGGUUGCUGGCCCUGGUGAGCAAAUUGGUGGCAGUGCCACCAGCCCAGAAAAACAAACAACGGGCGAUGUGACUUUGGCAACUUUCCCCAAAUACAAUAGCAAAAACGCCCCGAAUUCGACCCUCGAUGAUUUUUCCCUUGCCCAGGAUGGGAAUGGUUUGGUAGUCAUAACCGGGCGCCAUUCUGACUAUCCAGUGAGGCUUUUCGACCAGUCUAAAAAUAGUUGGGUUGAUACGAAGCAAUUGCUACUUGGAGACGAAACUAAUUUCCUCGCGACUCCUAAUAUUCCCACAUCUGCUUCGGCUUUACCAUCCUCGUCUUCAUCCAUUGCGCCAUCUUCUACUGGUGCCCCUGAAUUGGUGCCUGGAGUUGGGAAUAGACGGACAUUGUCGAUCGUAGGCGCGACCCUUGGAGCGAUUCUAGGCGUUGCCGCACUCUUGAUCCUCAUCCUUCUUUUCAUCGGUUGGAGAAAACGACGAAAUCGGUACAUGAACCGGGGCAGAAAUGGCUAUCAGGAGGAUAAAGAUCGACUCAGCUUCCAGGACCAAGGGAUGGAGCCACUAACCCGCUCUGUUGAGCCAAUGGCAAGAGGGCCAGUACCCUCGACAAAUUCUUGGGCCAUAAUGUCUGGUCAAAUUGAUGACAAACCGUCAAAAGCUACUGCUAUCCCCAUGCGCCCCAGCCCAGCUCUAAGCGCUCUAGAAAAGGAAACUGGCGGCCGAAGUCCUCUUCGACAAAUCCGCGAUGAAGAUUCUACUCGAGGCGAUCGACGUACCGACGAAGGAUGGAGCAAAUAUUUCCAGAGCGAUAAUGAGGCAAACCUAGCUAGAGACACAUCUGCUAGAUCAUCAGCGGCAUCUUCACAGAUGACAAAGUCAGACUACAGGAAUAGUGACUGGCCUACGAUUUCAUCUGAUGUUGCACCCUUAAAAAUUAACCAAUUGGGCAAUCCCCAACCUAUCAAUCGUGUUGUCUCUGGCAGCCCAGGCACCCAACAUGCACCAAGGCUAGGCGAGUCCAUUGUCAUGCAACAGGGAUUGAAGGCAAAAAUCUCCAGUGGAGAUUCCAUUAGCAUCGCCUCUGACGACUAUGAGGAUGAGAGAUAUUCAUCUGGGAUGCCAGUAAAUAUACACGACGACUCAGGCUGGUCUGCCACAGGAGGACAUCAUUUCGCGGACGAGCGAGUCGCCAGUAGCAACUACUCUGGUAGCUUGUAUCAGCCACCUUUCGCGAAUCAAGCAAGAGAGGAGCGCCCGGUUACCUUGUGGCCAUCGAACGCACCCGAAUCUUCUAAUACACCGGAUGGCUCUAAACCAGAGAAAAGCGCGAAUACAGAUAUGAGCUGGUUGAAUCUUAAGGGCACACGUUAA